UUCAUGCUAUUAUGUUUGUUGGUGAUCUUCAAUUAUACUUCUAUUGUGUAUAUUCUAACAGUUGUGAUAAUGUAAAAUUAGAUCAAAAGUUAAAAACUAAUGGUUCAGUUUAAGACAGUUGUUUAAAAUGGAUUAAAAAUGAUCAAUUUGUGAAACAGUAAGGACCAUUACUAUUUAAUACCAAAAAGUAGGGAUGAUUUUGUAUUUAAAUUGAAAGAUAAGAGACUAUUUUGGAAUUCUUCUCCAAAUUGACCCUAGUAUUUGUGCUUUCCCCAUUUGGGUAGACUUAUGGAUUCUGCAUUUGGGAUCUUCUCUUUUUAAGCCAUUUUCGAUUUGCCUUAAAAGAUGGAGAAUAUGGAAGAGAAGAUUGAGGGUAGUCUCCAAUUCGCACCGAAGGAAUUGCUUCAGUGGAGCCAAUGGCAGUUGCUUGAUUCUGUUCUUCCUACUGGUGGUUUUGCUCAUUCUUUUGGCGUUGAGGCUGCUAUUCAAGCCCGGUUAGUCUCUGGGCCUGAAGAUCUUCGAACAUUUGUGAUCCAUAUACUAGAGAAUACAGGAAGCCUAUUGCUUCCUUUUGUCUAUACUUUGAAUACAUCUCCUAAUGUUGAAACAUGGUAUAAACUUGAUAAAAUAUUGGAUGCAACACUGACAAAUGAAGUUAGUAGGAAAGCGUCUAUUUCACAAGGAUCGGCACUUUUGAGAGUGGCUGCUGCUGUGUUCCAGGAAGUUCCUUAUGUUAAAACUAUGCGAGAAAUGUCUUUGGCUAGUGGAGCUGUCCGUUUCCACCAUGCUCCUAUUUUUGGACUUGUCUGUGGGCUUCUUGGAUUGAAUGCUGAAACUUGUCAAAAGGCUUACUUGUUUAUAACGAUGAGAGAUGUUGUUUCUGCUGCAACAAGGCUCAAUUUGGUUGGACCACUAGGUGCAGCUGUCUUGCAGCAUCAGCUUGCUGCAAAUGCAGAAGAUUUAUCAAAGAAAUGGAUGAACCGUCCUGUAGAGGAAGCAUGUCAGACUAGUCCUUUGCUUGACACUAUCCAGGGUUGUCAUGGUUAUUUGUUCUCCAGGCUUUUUUGCUCUUGAGUGGUGGAACCGAAGAUUCAAGAUACGGGAGUUGGUGGAUGAGAAAGUACCUUUGUCAAGCUUGUGCUUUCGUCUGUUUGAAUUCGUUUCUGAUCAGGAUGUUGAUUGAAACAGAUUGACAGCGAUAACACAACUUGUACAUCAUGGAAUGUUGUUUGUACCAACUGGCUAUUCAUUUGGAGCAGGAAUGUUUGAGAUGGAGAAUAUUAAAGGUGGAAGUCCCUAUGGUUCUGGAACUUUUGCUGGUGAUGGUUCUAGACAACCAACACAACUUGAAUUGGAACAAGCAUUUCAUCAAGGCAAGUACAUUGCCACAAUCACAAAAAAACUCAAAGGCUCUACUUAAUAAAUUUCACUUUGUGACUCUAUGAUGAAGGGCAGACUGAUGAGGGCAGGUUAAGAAUUUCAGAAGGAGAAAUAUGUUGCACUUUUUUUUUUCUUUUGUUUUUAAAAUUUUUUAUGUAAUUCACUUAAAAUAAAAUCAUUCUUGAUUUGGAUUCAAGUUGCAUUGGCGUUUAACUAAUUAAAUGUUUCUAUCAGCAUAUUCUAUUGGAAAUUAUUUCUCCAUCCCCACAAAA